CUCUGUCUACGGGGGAGACCCGGACCGGGCGGCGGCCGGAAAGUUUGUUUGUGCGCGGGGCGGCCCGGGCUGGGAUGCGGGGCCCGGCGCUCGCUUCUCCGCCACUUGCCGCUGCGCCGCCGGGGCUGUAGGCGAGGCUGGGCGGGCGCUUCCCCCCCCCCCCCCUCCCCGGGUGCGCGGCCAUUGCAGCGCCGGCCGGCCGGCCGAGGAUGAUCACCAACACGCGGGGCUUCCUGUGGUCCGACCUGGAGACGCGGGCGCUGCUGGAGAUCUGGGGCGAGGCCGACGUGCAGUCGGCGCUGGACGGGAACUUUCGGAACAGCCAUGUGUACCGGGACGUGGCCUGCCGCCUGGCCGAGCUGGGCUUCGAGCGCACCCCGGAGCAGUGCCGCAUCCGCAUCAAGGGCCUCAAGCGCCAGUACUACCAGGCCCGGGACGGGCUGAAGAAGAACGGGCACGCCCGCAAGAUCUGCAAGUACUACGACGAGAUGGACCGGAUCCUCAGCUGCCGGGGCGGGCCGGACAGCGCGCCUGAGCCGCUGGCCCAGCCCGCCGACAGCGCCCAGCCCGCCGCCGGGCCGCCCACGCCGGGCACCCCCCACAACAGCCGCGAGCCCGACACCGAGCUCGACGAGGACGCCGAGCUCGAGUCCCCCCACGACCACUUCACUGAGGACUCGGGCGAGUGCUCGUCCUACGCCGAGCACCCCAUCAAGGUGGAGUGCCCCCCGUUCGCCAUCCCCGUGCCGCCCGCCGAGGGCUUUAAACAAAUCAAUGCUCAAACCAGUACACAACCACUCUCUCAACCCAAAAGAUCAAAAAAACGUCAUGCAAAUUUAACACUGGAUAAAAUGAUGGAAAAAUUCCUACAACAAAGUGUGGAUACAGAAGAGAAAUUUUACAAAUAUGAAGAGCAGCGGCUUAAAAUUGAGGACAAGCGCCGUGAAGCUGAGCAUGCUCGAGAACUCCAGAUGUUACAAAUGUUGGGACAGAUGUUGGCAGGCAUUUCUUCCACAGUAUCGCAAAGGUCACAGUCCAUACCAACUAGUCCACCUCAAAGAGCAAAUCACCGAUCAUAUGGUGAUAACUUUAAUUAUAAUGCUAUGACAACAGCACUUUCUCCACCAAUAGUUAUCGAGAGAGCCUUUUCACUACACAAAACACAUUCUAUAAAGGAUAUGGAGAAUAUUUUUCAAUUGGUGCGCAAUGUUAUUCCUCCUCUAACAGCAAAGAAGCAUAAAGGUCAAGAUGGACGGGUAGGCAUCGUGGGAGGAUGUCAAGAGUACACUGGGGCACCAUAUUUUGCUGCAAUUUCAGCUCUAAAAGUGGGUGCAGACUUAUCCCAUGUAUUUUGUACCAAAGAUGCAGCAGCUGUAAUAAAGUCAUAUAGUCCAGAACUGAUUGUUCAUCCAGUGCUUGACAGUCCUAAUGCUGUUCAUGAAGUGGAAAAGUGGUUGCCGCGACUGCAUUCAGUUGUCAUAGGACCUGGUUUAGGUAGAGAUGACGUACUACUUGAGAAUGCUAAGGGUAUUAUAGAAAAAGCCAAGGUCAAAGGAAUUCCAAUUGUCAUUGAUGCUGAUGGAUUGUGGCUCAUUUCCCAACAGCCCUCUCUUAUUCAGGGUUACCAGCGAGCGAUUCUUACUCCAAACUAUAUGGAGUUUAGCAGACUUUAUGAAGCUAUGCUUAGAGAUCCUGUGGAUAGCAAUGAUCACCAUGGAUGUGUGUUACGGCUCAGUCAAGCCAUGGGGAAUUUGACAAUUGUUCAGAAAGGAGAAAGAGAUCUUAUUUCAGAUGGAGAAAAAGCCUGGUCUACAGUUGUUGACUUCCUGCUCUACAAAGAUGUGCCCCACCAUUCUGUUGUACUUGUGUGCAGUCAUGAAGGAAGCAGCCGAAGAUGUGGUGGACAAGGGGACCUUCUUUCAGGUUCUCUUGGAGUCUUGGCACACUGGGCAUUUCUUGCUGGACCAGAAAAAACUAAUGGUCAAAAUCCUUUUCUAGUGGCUGCAUUUGGUGCUUGUUCUCUUACAAGGCAAUGUAACAACCAGGCCUUUCAAAAAUGUGGACGUUCAAUGACUACAUCUGAUAUGGUUUCAGAAGUUGGAACAGCUUUUAACAAACUUUUUGAAACCUGAAGCCAAAGCAGCAGAGUGGAAGGAAAGGAAGAACAAUGGCUACAACAGUAAUUACAUUUACAGUAGAAUAUACAUAAGUAAUACCCCCUUUCAAGUGCUGUAGCAGCAUUGGUAUGCUAGGUAGAUAUUUUUUUUUAAAUAGAAAAAAUGAUUAAUGUAGAUAAUUUUUUAAGAGUUUGGAAUACAAAAAAUGUUUUGGCUGAAAUAUGCUGUAGUUGCAGAUCUGUUAUAUAAUAUAAUAAAACUAAAGUGAAAGUAUUCCUCUGUUCUUUUUCAUAGUUACUGAGCAAUAACUAAAGUGUGUGUGUGAACUGCAAAAAUGCACUUGAUACUUAAGAAGAAAGUAAAAUUCUUCCACCAGCUGAACGGAAUUCCUUGGCUUGCACCAAGGUUGUCAUGAUUUUGUUAUUAGACUCUGUAUCUAGAAUUAGCUACUGCACUUCAUUUUUCAUUUAUAUUUUUGCCUCUUUGGAAAGGGAAAGCUUGGGAGUUGCUUUCAAUUUUGAAUGUAAUUGGUUGCCUUUGCCCAUUCUUAGACACUGAGGCAGCAAUAUCUGAUUUUGAAAUUCUUGCUCUUCGUUUUUCAGAGGCUCUCGUUUUAAAAAGCCGGGGGGGGGGGAACCCCCUUAAAGUAAGGAUUUAUUCUAGAAGUGUUGGCAUGAACGGUAGGAAUUAUGUUUAGCUGAAAUAAUUUACUGUAUAUUCCAUCUACUGCUCUAGACUAAAAUUGAAUAUGGAACACAAUGUGAAAUGUUAUCAUUUGAAGAAAAGGUACUAGGUGUGGUGAGGAACUAGUGAUAUUUAAAUGGUCAAAAAUGUCAGUGGUGGGUAGAAGGUUGAGUGCUUUUAUGCCAGCUCAGAACAAGUUAUAACUCAAACUGCUGGUGUAGAGCUCUGAGCACAUUACUGUAUGUAUGCAUAUGUGGCUAUUUAUUGCCAGCAUAAAUAAUAAUUGAGGAGCCAGAAAGCUGCACUUAAUUAUACGACAUUAGUGCCAUGCAGGCAGUCAAAUACAAUUAGUCCACUAGGAGACUGUAGUGGGCCCACGGGAUAGAAAAAUUGGGGGGGGGGGUCAAGCCUUGGCAGUAGCAAGGUUUUUAAAGGCUUUUGCUGGAUCAUCAUUUAACAGAGGCAGCACUUUAGUGUCAAGGAGGACAGGUCAGCAGUUCCAUGUGAGUCUUGCUGGUUGAGUAGAUGGCAGGCAGGAAGAAAUCAGAAGUUGAGAGAUUUGUACAGUCUGGUUUUCUUAAACUUCUGGACAUACGGUUGAAUACUGGGGUAAAACUAAUUUAUAGGGUGGGGGGGUCAGAAGUACAUUUCUUGAAGUUUCAGUAAGUACCAAUGUACUGCCCUAUGGUUUAGCCUGCGAUCUAACUCAGUGUGCAUAUUCAUUAGAGCAUAGGGACUCAUUUUGUAAACUAGCUACUAUGGUGAUUAUUAGAUGUUACAUAUUCAUUUAAACCAUUUUUCCAGUGGCCUAUUUCUAGAAUGGAGUUUAGUACCCUAUGUAUUAGUCAGAUUGCACUUUCACAUCUUGUAAUAACUUCUUUCAGUGAACACAGUCAAUCAGAAAAGCUGUUCUGAGUAGCUCUGGCCCUUAUCAGUCAUAUUUUUGGAUGCACUGUGACUACUACCUCACCCCCAAUGCAUUUUUGCUUUUCUUUCUAAACUGGUAACCUAUUUUUAAAAUAGGUUGUUAUAUGUUUGCUCAUUUUAUUCCGUUGGGGUUCUAAGACUUUUAAAAUUAGAGCAGUUGUUUACUCCUAUGAAAAGACUUCCGUGUUUUACCAAAGCACUGGUUUGUAAACUGUCUACUUUCCUGGGGAACAGAAGCUAUUGUUGUUUUCUCCCCUUGGAAUGACUUUUGAACGCUAAUUCUUAAAAUCAAAAAGUUAAACAGUUUUAGAACAGUUGUUGAAUUGAUUUUAAAAUAAGAUUUUUGUAUUUGGUAUAUAAGAAGUAUUAUUUCUAACUUACAUUUGUAGGUAAAGCCAAAUCAAAUAAGACCUUGUGGGGAUUUUUUUGUUUUUGUUUUUUUUUAACGAAAUCGCUUGAUAUCAGAGGUCAGUAUAAAUUUCAAUUUGCUUUUGUUUGAACUAUACACAAAAGUAACUUUGUUAUUCACCAUUGUAUACAAAUUGUUACAAGUUAAUUUUAAAAGAUUCUGGAAAUGUAGCAAGUUUCUUUCCAUAGGAAAUAAAACUAUAGCAAAUAAAACAAAACUGUCGUGUGUACUUUAACUGCAGUGGCUUAGUCACACAGCACCCACAGUAGCUGAAGAGACUUUUAGCUGAAGAUGGUUUAGACUCUGUACCCAUUCACUUUUAUUACUGACAGAGUUGAUACAACUGAUGGUAAUUUUUAUAUGAACAGUAUCAUGUGUAGAGCUGGUUGAAAUGUGGGAUCACUAGAAAUUUCUAAAUUUGGUUUUGUUCUGGGGCUCCCAGCUGUGCACCAGGAAGCCUGGAAGCCCUGGCUCAAGAUGAGCUUCCUGGAUGACUUCAUUGCAUGAUAGAACUGCCACAGACCCUGGAAAUCCUGUGGUCUCAGACAGUCUGCCAGGAAACCAGCCAGGUUUCCAUUGUAACCCUGCCUUUGAAACUUGACUCAUUUUCCUGAGACUCUUUAGCAUUUUCUUGAAAAACUUCCAACCAGCUGUGUGUGUGCGCACGUGAAAGAAACUUCCCUGCCUUCUGAAGAGUGCCAGUACCCAAAAACGGGGCAGGAAAACUGCUUGGUAGUGACAGUUUAUUCUCUAGUCAAAGAAAUGGCU